GGCAGUCAUCCACCACUCCAUACAUCAGCCCCCAACGAUCAUUUUGCUGAUAUCGUGAUUGUGCCAUCUCUUAAUCACAGAUAUCAGCUAUUCGCCUCUCCGUCACGUCCUCCGUUGCAACAUGGCCAGCCCGACAGGUGUGAAACGCAAUGCCAAUCAUCUGACAGCCCCGGCAGUCGACUCGAAGAAACCCAAGGGUAAUGGCAGCAUCACAUCAUUCUUUGGUCCCCCGAAGACCAAAGUCAAGACGGCUGAACCCAACUCGUCAACAGUACCUCCGCGUCCGUCGACUUUCAAUAAGCAGAAAUGGGUCGCGUCGUUAACUCCGGAACAAGCGGAGCUCCUUCAGCUCGAGAUUGAUACCUUGGAUGAUAGCUGGUUGGCACAACUAAAAGACGAACUGGUCACGCCAGAGUUUCUUGCGUUGAAGCAGUUUCUCCGGAAAGAAAAACAGUCGGGGGUCAAAGUCUUCCCACCUGAAAACGAGAUCUAUUCCUGGUCCCGUCAUACACCUCUACACAAAGUGAAAGCAGUCAUAAUUGGACAAGAUCCCUACCACAACCACAACCAGGCUCACGGCCUGGCGUUCUCUGUUCGGCCUCCCACUCCGGCCCCCCCAUCUCUCGUCAAUAUCUACACAGGAAUAAAGAAUGAUUAUCCUUCCUUCCAACGGCCGCCGAACAAAGGUGGCUUGCUAACCCCGUGGGCGGAACGUGGAGUCCUAAUGCUUAAUACCUGCUUGACGGUUCGCGCGCACCAGGCUGCCAGCCAUGCCAACAAAGGGUGGGAGCGGCUCACUCAAAAAGCCAUCGACCUAGUAGCACGGGUGCGAACCCACGGGGUUGUGUUCCUUGCGUGGGGAAACCCAGCAGGCAAGCGUGUGUCGGGCAUCAACCGACAGAAGCAUUGCGUGCUACAAUCGGUCCAUCCCAGUCCGUUGAGCGCAUCCAGGGGCUUUUUCGUCAACCAACACUUCAAGAGAUGCAACGAGUGGCUGGCCGAACGGUAUGGAGCCGACGAAGUCAUUGAUUGGAGCUUGACGUCGAAUGUUAGGACGACCUCUCCUUUUGUCGAAAUUCAGAGCCCCUCUGUCGCCAUUGAUAACAAGACAAAAAGACUUACAGCGAAAGAAUCUGCGCCCAUGUCAUCGGAGGAGCCGGAAAGCGAUGCACCACAACUGACCAACCCUCUAGCGGCUGACGAGUUUGAAGAUGAUGUCGACGCCUUGGAGGCUCUAGCAGCAGCGGAGACAACUGAUUGAGGGGUGGGGAUAAUAUCGUGUUGUCCUCGAGUGCUGCAGGCUAUGCAGGUGGUACAUAUUUCCUUUAGUAUCUGGUAUUUGUCAUUUCGUUGGGCGGAAUUGACGUAGCCUAUCCUUACGAAUGUAGUUAAUAGUUUCCCCUCGGAGAAGGCAAAGAGCCCGUCUAAAAAAUUUACUACCUUUUAACUACCGGUGGUUU